AUGAAGCCCCAAGGCCUAUCCGCGCUCGCCGCCCUCGUCGGCCUCUCCAACGCCGCCCUCCUCUGGGACGGCCGCUUCAACGACCUCACCUCAGCGACCGACCUCGACAAGUGGAGCUGGGCCAACCAGGUCGGCCCCUACCAGUGGUACAUCCACGGCAGCGGCGCCACGACCGAGUACGUCGACCUCUCCACCGCCCACAAGAACCCGGCCGACGCCGUCUCGACAAAGGGCGCCAAGAUCAGCCUCACCUCGACGUCCUUCUGGAACGGGCAGAACAUGCGGCGCACGGAGAUCAUCCCCCAGACGAAAGCGGCGAUCGGCAAGGGCAAGAAGUGGUACCACUUCAGCAUCUCGCGCGCGGCGACCAACGUCCCCUCGGCUCGCCGGGAGCACCAGAUCGCCUUCUUCGAGUCGCACUUCACCGAGCUCAAGUCGGGCGGAUCCGGGUUCGAGAGCACCAACCACCUGCGCUGGUACGCCAACGGGCAGUCGCUCUGGGAGACGGCGUGGGACGCGGGCGUGUGGCACAACAUUGCCUACGAGAUCGACUUUGACGGCGGGAGCGUCGGGCUCUGGCACUCCGAGGGCAGCAGCCCCCUGACGAGGGUCGUCGCGCCCGUGUCCGUGAGCGCGUCCAGCAACGGGCAGGACUGGCACGUCGGGGUUCUCGAGCUGCCGAACGGGGAUGCUGAUGCGAACGAGGACCUGUUCUUCUCUGGGGUGUACAUUGAGGAUGGUUCCAUUACCACGGCUAUUGGGGGGCCAACUGCUUAG